GGUUUAAACCUUCAUUAAAUUCAUUUACCUUUUAGUGUUGAAUCAAGCAUGGAGCUCAAAGCAACUUGUGUUCUUCUUCUGCUCAUCCUGUGUGUCACCAUCUUCACCAGCACUGCAGAUGGGAUACCCAGAUGCUGUGUGAAGGUUUCAAAGAAGAUCCAAAGCUCCGAUCUGAAAAAAGUUUCUAGAUAUGAUAUCCAGAAAAGAAAUGGUCGCUGUGACAUUGAUGCCGUGAUAUUGUAUAUCAAACAGAAAAAAAUCUGUGCAGAUCCCAAAAUCCUGCGACGCUUGAAGAAAUUUAGAAAGAAGAACAACCCCAAAAAGGCUUAAACACAAAAAGCACACAGUACAGUUCAGCUGACACUUGGCAUUAUUUACUCUUUAUUUACUGCUUUUUUAUAGUUCUUAUAUCCAUUAUAUACUGCAGUAUCCAUGUUAUGUUUAUGUUUCUUAUGUUCCUGUUGUUCAUUUAAAAGCCUGUUGUAGCCUAUUGAUAUCAGAAAUCAAUAUGUAAUAAUAAUAAUUGUAGCUGAAUGAAAAUAAAACUAUAAAGAGAAAAAAGACUCAGUCUAAAGCAACUAUGUGAUGCAUGAAUUUAUUAAUGCUAUUAAGAUUAUUUUUGUAAGGGUGAAAAGGAUCUUUGUCUUUAAAAGUGCAAACAUAUAAAAUACACAUUUUGGACAAAAUGUAAAAUGUUAUUCUUAUUGACUCUUGCAUGUUUGUUUUAUAAAACUGAAUGUAAAUUAUCUUGAAGUUUCAAUUGCUUUUGGUUUAGUUUGUUUUAUGUACUUUGUGAAAGACAGAAAGAAGGAAAGAAAGAAAGAGAAAGAAAUAAAGAAAGAUAAAGAAAGAAAGAAAGAA